AUGCAGUUCGUUCCGCACGUCUUCUUCUACGCCCUGGGCCUGAUCGUCGUCGCACAAGCCUAUUUCGAGGUACGUCUUCGUGGUCUCGGAAGCUUUCGGCGGUGCCGACUUCCUGUUUUGGCAUGUUGAAAAAUGAAAAAUUUUCCCGUUCCUCUCUGAAUAACUGGAAGUUUUUCUCUGCUGUCACCACCUUUGAAACAAAACAUUUUUGAAAUAAGAGAAUUAUAUCUUUUUCAAUCAAAAUUUCUUUUGAGUUCGAGAUUGGAAAUCAAAGUGAGGAACGAUUUAUCAAAUUCAAAUUUGUUUGAUGUGAGAAUUUUUUUAUAUUUUUUUCUAAUUUCACAGGACAAGCAAGAUAACGAACGCAUAUCAAUAGCUUAUUUUUUUCCAUAAGUCCAUAUCAUGAAGUCAAAAAAACAUAGUUUGAAAAAGGAACAAAUCCGGUUACAUAGUAAAAAAGAAGCCUCUAUUCAAAGCUCUAUUCAAUGCAGUAAACCUUUUCAUUUGCAUUUGUCCAAAAAAUGAAGAUAAUCUUUUCGAAAAACUUUUUUCAAAGUUAUCGUAGCUCAUUUCAACGAGAAGAGUUCAAUGUAACAAAUCCACGAUCGAAUUUCCGACGGAAAAGGCUGAGAAUUCCCAUCUUGAUCCAGAAGGGUCCUUGGUUUGUUUGGUCGAAAUGCUGCAAUACUUGCCGCUGCGAACGCUUCAGAAUUAAAAUGGGAUUCUCAGGUUUUUAUUGCAAACAGAAAUUUUGGGGGUUCUUCUUAGCCUUCGAUACCAAACUCAAACUUAAUCACAACAAUGUCUAAAAAGUCUGGUCUGUGUGAAUCAAUCUUCAAAACUUUCUUUGGACGUCGUCUGAGCGGAAAGACAUUUUUUCUUCGCUGGGAAAGUUAACCAAUGUAGUGGGUUCAGGAUCUUUCAAGUUCUGAAUUCAUUUCUGAAGCCAUUAAAAAUCCUAUUAAAAAAUAAUCUGUUAAACGUUUCGAUGUACUAGAGUUAUGAGCGCCAUUUCGAACCAGGAACUUUUACUUUUUUUUCUCUCUUUAGGCGAAAAUGAAAAAUUUACAGUUGCAUGUGAAGAUGGGAUUUUUCAAGUUCGAAAGUUCGAGUCUCAAACUUCCGAAAUUCUCGAAAGAAAUUCUUUGUGCUUUUGCGGAAGUCGCCAUUAAAUGACGUAACAACCGAUAUUAUUUGCAAAAUCUCCUAGCAAUGAAAAUAGCUCAAUUUUCAAAUCCUUGGGAGGGAAAAGCCUCCCGGACCUUAUUCGCAGUAGCAAUUAGUUGUGAAAAAGGAAGAGACUUUUUCCGAAGUCGCCAUUAAUUGGGCCCAAAAAUAAGAAGACGAGACAAAAACUUUGGUGAUUGGCUUCGUCGAACCAGAGCAUUUUUGAUCAGCUUCGAGCCUGAUUGUGAAAAAAACUAUAAAAUUUGACUAAAAAAGAGGCUUAUGAAUUACUAAAGAUUUUACCGAUAGGAAUUGGCAAAAUUAUACCUCAAAAAGGCAGGUGAAAUUGAAACUUUUUUAAUUAGGAAUCAAUCUCGUCGGGGAGAGAAGUGGAGAACGAUGAGAAAGUCCGAUUUGAAGGAACUUGUCGCAAAAAAAGUUGAUAAAUAAAACUUGACGGGAAAAAUCGAGCCAUUGACACAACUUAGAAGUUUUGAUUUAUAUCUUUUUUCUUGUUUAUUCACUUCAAGGAAAGUUUCCGCAGUUCGUUGCUUCUUGUCGAAAUUUAAAAUUAUUGUUUUUUUCUUCUACCUUGCUUAGAAAUUUUUAAAAUAUCGCUUGUAAAUUAACGAGACCAAGUAUACGAAAAUAAUUCAUGAAUUGGGUACAAACGUUCCUUUCUCAUUACAUUAGGUUUAAACGGCAACAAGAAACAGGAAAAACAAGUGCUUAAGGUGGAUAUAAAAUAGGAUUUUCACGGAAAACGAUGCUAAAUUCAGGCACGAGCCAUUACUGAGAUUAAAAUCUUCAAGUGACGGCUGUCCUCCAUUUUGAAAACAAACGGCGGCAUUUCUAAUUGUUUUUAGUCCGGUUGCAUGACGAUCUUGAUAUAAAUAUCUUUUUUUCCUGUGCAUUUUUAUUCAGUAGACAAGUUGGAGAACAAUGAGCUGGUAUCGGUUCUUUGAAAAGUUAAUUUGGACGCUAUUGUUGAAAGACAGAAACGAGUUUUUGAAAUGACCUUAAAGUGAAUUAACAUCGAUCUUAGAAUAACUGUAAAACCUUUUCCCCGUAAAUUUUGACACUGUCAAAAUGAAGUCAUUCUUUGAAGGGCACAAGUUUCUGACAAAGAAAAGGUUUCGACAAAAAGAGUUGGCUAAAUUAGAUAAAGCCGUAGGCGUCUUCAUUUUUGGUUGGCCGCUGCCGCUGGAUCAAAAAUCUCAUCUUCUUUGUCGAAGAGGUGUGAAUAAAUAGCCGCGAAAAGGAGAAAAGACGUCGGAAAUUUCGAAUGAGACCUCAGAAUUUUUAAGAAAUUCCUCUCAUUGUUUUUGUUUUCAAAGAAGUACGCAACAACUGUUUGGGGUUUCCGACUUUUUGAAAUUACAUUGCCCUCAGUGAGGGCAAAGACGCAGAAAAAUAUAACUGACGAACGCAGAAAACUGAAUACCAAAUUCAAAGAAAUUUAGAAGCACGCCAUGCCGCGAACCUUGAAUGAGUGAUAAGGGUUGGAUUCCGGAAAAAUAAAUUAAAACAAGAACUUCCUGUUUCAUGAAACUUCAUCCCACUUAUUAUUAAAUAAACUGUUAAAUUUAAUGAAAAAUAUGUGAAAUAUGGAAAGUAUCAAGAUUUUUUUUGAUUGUUUCAUCAUUGAUUUAAGAAAAUGAAGCUAAAAAUCGAAGUUCAGGAAGAUGAGUUGCAAGCGGUGUCCGAGUUCUGUGCCCAACCCCAAAAUCAAGUUUUGUGUCAGAAAAUGAUCAAAAUGACCGAGCUGGCUCUCCAGCAACCGCCCAACUACAAGCAAAAGGUUACUUUUUUUUUUCAUUUCGUUAUUUUCUACUCGUUCUCCACGGCAGUUAAAACUGAGUGAGAACCUUUCCCAUCCCAAUCCCAUGAGAAGCUGGUAUACCUCAUGCGUAAGAUAGAGCCCAUUCGACAUUUCUCAUAAAACUUAUUGCCGGAAAUUCUUUCUGUUCCAAUGGCAGCCAUAACUUCAAAUCGUAAGUAAAACGACAUGUCUACAUGAGAUUUGCUGAAAAAUGAAACAUUUCAUCAUCCGAUGAAGGGUUUCCUCCAAAUUUGUUUUCUUUUAGUCCAAGAUUUUGAACCAUGACACCCACACACACAAAAAAAAAAUGAAAAAAAAAUCUGACUCGACAUUGACUAAAACGAAAAAAGAUCUUGUACAUGUGGAACAAGAAUUUUUUGAUUUCGAUCAUCAAUUUUUUUCAAAUAACUUCAGAAUUCAAUUAUUACGAAGUUUUUUCUCUAAAAACCCUGAAUACUUCCAAAAAGCGUAUUGAUGGGCAGUCCACUGUCGGAAACUUAUAGCCUCAAGGUCCAGAAAAAAAAAAUCUUUUUUUUGCGUUAUUAGCUGUAAUGAAGACGAUCAGGUGAAAUUUUUCGAAUUCUGAGGUUGCGCAAGAACCUUGAGGAACCAACGCAAAAAUUUUUCUCAGCCUUAUUACAGCUUCUAAAACUUUACUAAAGAUAUUCGAUUGCAGAUGGACAAGCGGAAGCCGUCUUUCGUCAGGUUUGGCAAGCGGUCGAGCCCAGACGCAGAAGACGUGUUGGCGUCAGAAGCCAACGAGGCUGGAGCAUCUGGCAUCGUCGAGAAGCGGAAGCCGUCGUUCGUCCGCUUCGGCCGCAAGUAG